UCCGUCUACCCGGUCGCUCAUCUUCUCCAUCCACAAGAAGUAGAAGCUCGUCGUAAUCAUAACUGACUAAAUAUACAUACCAUACACGACAUACAAUACACGUCCACACACUCACACACACCAACCAUUUGUCCAUCUCAUGAUAAGGAUGAGAACAAAAAUAUUGAGAAUCAGUCUCAGCUCACCUCUGCCCGAGCAAACACCACUUCCACAAACGUCACCCAUUACACACACAACUUCGGCUCCACGCUAAACGGCACACACAGUCUCACUUUGGUCGAAAGUAUUCCUAAGUUUUUCGAGAAAACUGAGAAAGUUACAAGUCUCAAAAACUUUUUGAACAUUUAUUUAUUGUGGAAAACGAGAAGACAUUUAAGAAAAAAAUACUUACAAUUUUUUGAUCUCAUAUUAAACUAAUUGUCAGAAAUUAAUUGUUACACACAUUCCAUCAAGAAAACAAAGCGGAAAAAUAUUUCGGAAAUUAACUUAAUCCACAAGAAAAUAAGAAGUUCCGUUAAAUCAAAAUCUACACAGAAAAUGGGUCGACUCCUGCAAUCCACCUGCUCCGGCUGCCCGUAUUAUUCCUUUGUCAUCCUCAUCGUCCUCACUUCCUGGUGGAUGCAAGGCGUCCACAGCCAGUCCCUCCCGGAGAAAGUGUUUUGUCGUUUCCGGAACAAGGAGUAUGCUCCAGGCGAUGUUUGGUACCCCACGUCGUCAAUCUCGUAUGGAUCAAGCUGCAUAAUUUGCACGUGUCUCUCGACUGGGCGUCAAAACUGCACCAAGCAAGAAUGUCCCUCCGACUGUCACCUCGAUCGUCCGAGUCACUUGAAACAUCCGUGUUGUAAAGUUUGCGAUGAAAGAGAUUCCGACUCGUCUCAGAGCGCGGGUGGCGGGGGUGGAGCACAAUCCUUCAGUGGUGGCGGCGUCGUUACGGCAUCCGAUCCAGAAUCUGGCGAAGAGGAAGACGAGGAUGGUGACUUGGUCACGGAGAAUUCGGAAUUUGUCUCUUGUCUCCACCAAGGAAAAAUCUAUCGAGAUGGGGAAUCAUUCACUGCAAAUGUUAGCGGUUUACCGAUUCAGGCCACGGAUCAAUGUAUGCAGUGCAUGUGUCAGACGGGCAUGGUCCUCUGUCAGAUGAAGGCAUGUUCCUCCUUUAAAUGUUCGAGCAGUGGGAGUGGUUCAAGUUCGAGCGGAUUUUCCCUCACGUCCAGUUUCGGUCCGGGUGGGGCUGCCGGGGCGUCCAGCCAGUCCAGCAUUGAAGCCUGCUGUCAACGAUGUGCAGCAUGGAGAAAGCCACGCGGGUCGGAGUCCAACACGAACAUUAUUCACCAGCACCAGACCUCAAACAGUGGGGACCUCGACUAUCCGAAGGCUAGGUCACCACCGUCCCUCGGUUUUGGGGGUGAUUCGAGCCUCUCCGUGACCAAGGACCGUUUCGGAGACCAGACCCAACGACCUGUUGAUGAGGGUGGGAGUGGCUCUUCGGGGUCGAUUGAGAGUUCCAUCACGUUUCGAGAUGGGGGAGCAUUUCCGCCCGGAAGUGGGAGCAGUAUUACGAUGAGUAAUAAUCUUGAUGGGAGUAGUGUUGGAGGAGGAGGAGGCAACAAGGAGAAAACUAGUCAGUUUGAUGACUGUGUUUCGGCUGGGAGAUAUUACAUGCACGGAUCCUCCUGGCACCCAGUCAUUGGUCCCUUCGGAACAAUGGAGUGUGUCGUAUGCAAGUGUAUGAAAGGACAGAUUGACUGUGGCCGUCUAAAAUGCCCCCCAAAGAAGGAACUCCCGUGUGCAAAACCGGUCAAGGUGGAGGGUCACUGCUGCCCAAUUUGCACCUCAAUGAUAAGCAAUGACGGGUCGAAAAUGUGCGUUUCUGGUAAACAAGAAGUGACCGCUCUCCGAUCGCACGGCAUCGGGCUGAACAAUACGGAACUGGUCAACUUUGCAUUCAUCAAGCAGCGACGCAACACGUCCCCACAGGUCGAUCUACACGAAUGGACGCUAAGAGAUGGCGAAAUUACACAGUUUUCCACAAAGUAUAUAUCUCUCCCUGACUUUAAUGAGAUAAAGACCAGACAGACUUUUACCCUGCUCGGCGCAACUAAUGAAAAAAACCUCGAUAAAUUUACAAGACGCGAAAAGAAGUUGGAGAAAAAAGGAUGCGUCGCUCGAUGCGCUGCACGGAUCUCAAGUUUGGAACGAUCUCUCAGAAUACAUAGACUUAUCGCGAGGAAGCAAUGUUUAAUGCAUGAACGUGUGGAAAACAGGUUAACUUAUUAUUUUCUCUCCAUCAAGAAUUUCCUAGAAAUGUUUAUCGUUUACUUAAAUACUUCAUAAUUAUUGAGACGAUGGGAAAUUUCGUUUGAAUCAACCCAAACCAUGAUGAUAUGACACCAAUCAGUGUUCCUCCUGAACUGGAUUGACAUCAUAAUGUCAUAAAAACUUGUAAUAAUAUUUAUCUCACUUCAAUCAAUUUAUUAUCGUAAUAUCUGUUAAUUAAUUACAUAUUUAAAGAAAUAAUAACUGGAGAAAGUUUUUGUCAAUCGCAUUAUCUUGUGUAAAUUAAGAACACUGUGUAAAAAAAUGAGUUGUGCUAAAUACGAGCUGCUAUAAUUGAUUAAAUGUGUAAGGUUUUAAUAAAUUAGUAAAUUAGAAUUUUUUUAUGGUUUAGUUAACUUAUAUUUGCAGUUAGAAGAAGAAAAUACCUACGAAUUUGCAUGAUAUCUUUCACUGAAAACUUGAAAUCACUUGAAAUCAAAAACUGUGUGAAGAUCUCUGAUAUGAAAAAUUAUGUAAUUAAUUAAGGUUAAUUAAAUUUGAAAGAUAUGUAUGCAUUCUAAAAUCUGAGACACGAAGAACUGAAAUUUUACCUAAUUAUACUUAAAAUGAAAGUAUUUGUAGUAAAAAUUAGUAAAUGAAUCGAGUUUAGCCUGUUAUAAAUAUUAGGUGAGAUUGAGCACGUCUUGUUAUCAAUCAUCAUGUAAUUGAAAUAAGUACUUAUCUUCAAUCCAUUUUUGACAAAGACUAAAAAGUGUAAUUUAAUUAUUUCAAUGUAUGAAAUGAAGCAGAAUUGAUAGGAUGGCAUUAAUUGACAUAAAACGACGACCUGAAUUUGUGGUGCAGUUUAUUAUCUAUUUAUGUAGCUAGCUACGUUUUGAAGAUUUUUAGGGAUAUGUGAAUUGGAAUUAUUGUAAAUUAAGUAUGCAUAAUGCGAGAUUGAAUUAAUCACGUGUCCUUUUGUUCAUCGAUAAUACAUCGGUUUAUUAGCCUGUUGAAAAAGUUGAGGCAAAAAUAGAUUGAAUUAAAUACAUAAAAGAGAUGGUAAUAGAGUAGUGAAUUAAAGUAGCAGACAAGAGAGUAGAGCUGAUUAUGAAAUGCAUUAACUUUACUUAAUAAUAACCUUGUAACUUUUAUAAUGGUCAAUUAUUCAUCAAAUGUUUAGAUUGAUCCUAUUCUUGCAAGUUGAUUUGUAAACUUGUAAAUCAAUCUUGCUGAAAUUGCACUUCUCUACGAAUGGCAGCAGCUUGAAUAGAUUCGAAUCAACCCUAGCAGAAAACUGGAUGGCGUAUGUAUAACUUAUAGAAAAAGUAAUACAGAACAAAACUUAAGUUUUUUUACGUUGUCAAACUACAAUAUUUAUAAGGUUUCCAAAAAUUGAAUUUUUAAUAAAUUUUAAGAAUUGUAA